AUGGGGUCGUCUGCGUCCAAGGCUGCCCUCGGGGCGACCACCAAUGAACCCACAGAGCCCGAGGCGAAACACCUGGCGGACCUAAUACAGUACAUAAAUGGAACAAAUAUGAGUGUUGAACAUUUGGCUGAUGUUCUUUCUGAGAAAACUGGGAGCAGCAGCUGGGUGGUAGUGUUCAAAGCCCUGGUUACUGUACAUCACCUUAUGGUGCAUGGAAAUGAGCGUUUUAUCCAACAUCUUGCAUCUAGAAACUCUUUGUUCACUUUACACAACUUCCUGGAUAAAAGUGUCAUAGAAGGCUAUACUAUGUCAACCUUCAUUAGACGAUAUAGCAGGUACUUGAAUGAGAAGUCACUCGCGUAUAGACUGAUCGCAUCUGACAUCACCAAAACCAAGAGAGGGAUGGAUGGUAUGAUGAGAACUAUGGAUACAAAACAGCUGCUAAACACUCUUCCAGUUAUUCAGACUCAGUUUGAUGCUCUUCUUAAUUUUAAUGCAAAUCCUGAUGAACUAACGAAUGGUAUAAUACAUGCUGCUUUCAUGCUCCUCUUUAAGGAUUCUCUUCGCCUCUUUGCAGCCUAUAAUGAGGGGAUCCUUAAUCUGCUAGACAAAUAUUUUGAUAUGAGGAAAAACCAAUGCAAGGAAAGUUUGGAUAUCUACAUCAAGUUCCUUGAAAGAACAACCACAUUGGCGCAGUUCCUGAACGUUGCACAGCAAGUUGGAAUUGACCAGAACGACAUUCCAUAUCUUACACAGGCACCCCACAGUUUACUUGAAGCACUAAAACAACAUUUAGCUUCUUUGGAAGAGAAAAAUAACAGUUUGCCUCCUUACAGUCUCCGGCAUGCACUGAUUCCCUCCAUCCCAAAUAAUCCAGUUGUGAAAGCUUCAGCAGGUAGAGCUUGGCUUGCAGGUUAUCUUCCCUCUAUGAUUUGUUAUAACCAACAUUACGUUCACAAGCCCACAAACCUUUUGGAGCCAGACAGCAAUGUGGAAAAAUCAUAGCAGACAAUCUGGAUGGCUCACUUGCUAGCCUUGUAGGAAAUCUUAACCUUGGAGAAAGCUCAGUCAACAAACAAUAAAACCACCAGUUGGAGCUCCUCAGCAUCUUAAGAUAUUCAAUGUUACUUCAGUGCGUGAAUCCCUACAUUUUCAGCCGAAAAACCUCCAAAAAGCAGGCAAAUGGAAACCAAAGGAAGGCAGAAGUGAUAAUAUUAACAACAAACGCUGUGGAAUAUCUGACAUGAAGUGGCCUCAGCCUUCAGAGAUGGAAAUUGCUGGUGGAAUGAACUGGCAGUUGAAUAUCUACACCUGUACAUCAACCAUCUGGAAACAUAUUUCUAUUCCUCCUGUUCCCUGCAUGGUUCGAACUCCAAUGGGAGCUCCUUCCCUGAUGGCACAUCAACCCAUGAUUCAUACGCAACCAGGCUUAAGGACCAACAAUUCCUCUGCUCCAGCCACAAGAAAUAAUACACAAUCCAUGUAGAACUACCAAAGCAAAAAGGUUCAGAUUCAGAGGUGAGCAAAGGUGAUGAUCUCUCUACAGCCUGAACUGAAUCAUCCACAUCUUCCAAGUAAAAUAAAC